GUUCAAAACGCACUUAAACAGCUUUUGAACUAUUUCAACCUAGCAAAUAACCUAAAUUAUAAUUAUCAAAAUUUUGAAUAAAAAUUAUUUAAAACACUUCAAACGAAGAAUAACUGAGUAACAUGUGGCCUGAAAUAGAACUCGUUAAAAAAGAAAAUCGCCACGAAAUAGUCUUAACAGGAACAUCUGUUAACGAUAGGAUAAAAGAAGAUGGCUUGGAUGAUUCCUUAUUCGAUUUAACAAGCUUAAAUUAUCUCUGUAUACACGGAACAAGUAUCACCGGAUUUCCAGAUCGUGUAACCAAUCUCACGAACUUACAAAUAUUGUCCUUACAUGACAAUAAGAUCGACACGUUGAACCCAUUGAUAGGAAAGCUUCAUAAAUUGAAAACUCUAGACCUAUCUGGAAAUCAGCUCACAGAAAUUCCAGAUAUAUUCGAUAAGUUAGAACAAAUUGUAACGAUAAAUUUUUCAAGGAAUAAGAUAACAAAAUUUCCCACCUUGAUGAAUAAUAAAAAAUUAACUGAAUUGAAUUUAUCGCAUAAUGAAUUAGAAGAAUUUCCCUUAGUUUGUAAUAGUGAGUUAACUAAUUUAAGCGAGUUGAAAUUGGGUCAGAACCAGAUUAAGUCUAUUCCCAAUGAGAUAAACUGUUUGCCUGCGUUGAAAAUUUUAGACGUCGGUUCUAAUAAAAUAACGAGCCUUCCAGGUAAUCUGGCUGAUUGUGGGAAAUUAAAAGAAAUAAAUUUGAAGCAAAAUCCUAUAUCGGAUCGAAGAUUAUUAAAACUCAUUGACCAAUGUAGAACCAAACAAGUUUUAGAUUAUGUAAAGCAACAUUGUCCACGGGUUCAAACAAAUAUUUCGACGAAUCAAAAGAAAGGGAAGAAAAACCAAAGGAUAUCUGAAAGUGCUGAUGAAACCUCAACAGUUCCCGAGUAUAAGUAUAAGAUAGAAAUUUCCCAUGCCAAAGAGGACUGUUUAGUAACAGUUUCAAAGAAAGUGGAAACUGUGAGAAAAUACAUAAUCUGUUGUGUGGUACAGGGAGUUGUUUUCAAUGAAAGUACUUUCAAAAAAUUCAUCCAACUACAAAACAAGAUACAUGAAAAUGAAUGUGGCAAAAGGAACUCAGCAACUAUAGCAACACAUGACUACAAUAAAUUGGGCGAUGGACAAUUAACAUAUACAACGAUGAAACCAGACGAGUUGAAACUGAAACCAUUGAAUAGAAGUAGAGAGAUGACCGGUAGAGAACUUUUUGAAAAACUACAAAUCGAAGCCGAGAACUUUAGAAAGGAAAAAAAAAGAAACACAUACUCAGGCAUCCACAGAUAUUUGUAUCUGAUAGAGGGAAAACCUGAAUUUCCAUGUCUUGUUAAUUCAAAGCAGGAAGUGAUUUCAUUUCCACCUAUAACAAAUGCGGAUAUUUCCAAGAUGGAAGUUAGCACUACUGAUUUAUUCUUAGAAGUAACAAGUUCAGAGUCACUUCAGAUCUGUAAAAAUGUCAUGGAUAAUCUCCUCAGAGAGAUGGUGUUACUUUUUGAGGCCGAUUUGAAGGUCCUUCAAAUUAGAACAGUUGACGAGGAAGGAACAAUGAAGAAUGUGUAUCCUUCGAAAACUGAUCUCAAUUUUAAAGAUCAGAAACUGAUUCAGGUUAUAAGGAGUAACUGAUGCAUUAAGCAGGUCUUUUUUCUUUUCAUUUACAAUAAUUAUUUCUGUUGUUUUUUUUCUGCAACCUGCUAAUUUAUUGAGCAUUCAUUGUUUUGUUUUAUCGCUGAGAUUGUUUCAACCAUUGACCGAUUUUAAUUUAUUUUGUACCUUUAUUUUUCUGAAUAAACUAUACCUUUGGAA